GGCCUCCCUGGUAUUGAUGGCAGGCCUGGACCAAUUGGCCCAGCCGGAGCAAGAGGAGAGCCUGGCAACAUCGGAUUCCCUGGACCCAAAGGCCCCACUGGUGAGCCUGGCAAAAAUGGUGAAAAAGGUCAUGCUGGUCUUGCUGGUGCUCGGGGUGCUCCAGGUCCUGACGGAAACAAUGGUGCUCAGGGACCUCCUGGACCACAGGGUGUGCAAGGUGGGAAAGGUGAACAGGGUCCCGCUGGGCCUCCAGGCUUCCAGGGUCUGCCUGGCCCCGCAGGGACAGCUGGUGAAGUUGGCAAACCAGGAGAAAGGGGUAUCCCUGGUGAAUUUGGUCUGCCUGGUCCUGCUGGUCCAAGAGGGGAGCGCGGUCCCCCAGGUGAAAGUGGUGCUGCCGGUCCUGCUGGUCCUAUUGGAAGCCGAGGUCCUUCUGGACCCCCAGGGCCUGAUGGGAACAAGGGUGAACCUGGUGUGCUUGGUGCUCCAGGCACUGCUGGUCCAUCUGGUCCUAGUGGACUCCCAGGAGAGAGGGGUGCUGCUGGCAUACCUGGAGGCAAGGGAGAAAAGGGUGAAACUGGUCUCAGAGGUGACGUUGGUAGCCCAGGCAGAGAUGGUGCUCGUGGUGCCCCUGGUGCUGUAGGUGCCCCUGGUCCUGCUGGAGCCAAUGGAGACCGGGGUGAAGCUGGUCCUGCUGGUGCUGCUGGUCCUGCUGGUCCUCGUGGUAGCCCUGGUGAACGUGGUGAGGUUGGUCCCGCUGGCCCCAAUGGAUUUGCUGGUCCUGCUGGUGCUGCUGGUCAACCUGGUGCUAAAGGAGAGAGAGGAACCAAAGGGCCCAAGGGUGAAAAUGGCCCUGUUGGUCCCACAGGCCCUGUUGGAGCUGCUGGCCCAUCUGGUCCAAAUGGCCCCCCUGGUCCUGCUGGAAGUCGUGGUGAUGGCGGCCCCCCUGGUGCUACUGGUUUCCCUGGUGCUGCUGGACGGACUGGUCCUCCUGGACCCUCUGGUAUCUCUGGCCCCCCUGGGCCGCCUGGUCCUGCUGGUAAAGAAGGACUUCGGGGGCCUCGUGGUGACCAAGGUCCAGUUGGUCGAGCUGGAGAAACAGGUGCCUCUGGCCCCCCUGGCUUUGCUGGUGAGAAGGGUCCAUCUGGAGAGGCUGGUACUGCUGGACCUCCUGGCACCCCAGGUCCUCAAGGUCUUCUUGGUGCUCCUGGUUUUCUGGGUCUCCCAGGCUCAAGAGGUGAACGUGGUCUACCAGGUGUUGCUGGAGCUGUGGGUGAACCUGGUCCUCUCGGCAUUUCAGGCCCACCUGGGGCCCGUGGUCCCCCUGGUGGUGUGGGUAGUCCUGGUGUCAAUGGUGCUCCUGGUGAAGCUGGUCGUGAUGGCAACCCUGGGAGUGAUGGCCCCCCAGGCCGUGAUGGUCAACCUGGACACAAGGGAGAACGUGGUUACCCUGGUAACGCUGGUCCCACUGGUGUUGUGGGUGCACCUGGUCCUCAAGGCCCCGUGGGUCCCGCUGGCAAACAUGGAAACCGUGGUGAACCUGGUGCUGCUGGUUCUGUUGGUCCUACUGGUGCCAUUGGUCCAAGAGGUCCUAGUGGCCCACAAGGUAUUCGAGGCGAUAAGGGAGAGCCUGGUGAUAAAGGGCCCAGAGGUCUUCCUGGCUUGAAGGGACACAAUGGAUUGCAAGGUCUUCCUGGUCUUGCUGGUCAUCAUGGUGAUCAAGGUGCUUCUGGCCCCGUGGGUCCUGCUGGUCCUAGGGGCCCUGCUGGUCCUUCUGGCCCUGCUGGAAAAGAUGGUCGCAGUGGACAUCCUGGUACAGUUGGACCUGCUGGACUUCGUGGCUCUCAGGGUAGCCAAGGUCCUGCUGGCCCUCCUGGCCCUCCUGGCCCUCCUGGCCCUCCUGGCCCAAGUGGUGGUGGUUAUGACUUUGGUUAUGAUGGAGACUUCUACAGGGCUGACCAGCCUCGCUCACCACCUUCUCUCAGACCCAAGGAUUAUGAAGUUGAUGCUACUCUGAAAUCUCUCAACAACCAGAUUGAGACCCUUCUUACUCCAGAAGGCUCUAGGAAGAACCCAGCUCGCACAUGCCGUGACUUGAGACUCAGCCACCCAGAAUGGAGCAGUGGUUACUACUGGAUUGACCCUAACCAAGGAUGUACUAUGGAUGCUAUCAAAGUAUACUGUGAUUUCUCUACUGGGGAAACUUGCAUCCGGGCUCAACCUGAAAACGUCCCAGCCAAGAACUGGUACAGAGAUUCCAAGGCCAAGAAGCACGUCUGGUUAGGAGAAACUAUCAAUGGUGGUACCCAGUUUGAAUAUAAUGUUGAAGGAGUUACCACCAAGGAAAUGGCUACCCAACUUGCCUUCAUGCGCCUGCUGGCCAACCACGCCUCUCAAAACAUCACCUACCAUUGCAAGAACAGCAUUGCCUACUUGGAUGAGGAGACUGGCAACCUGAAAAAGGCUGUCAUUUUGCAAGGAUCCAACGAUGUUGAACUGGUUGCCGAGGGCAACAGCAGGUUCACUUACACUGUUCUUGCAGAUGGCUGCUCUAGAAAGACAAAUGAAUGGAAAAAGACAAUCAUUGAAUACAAAACAAAUAAGCCAUCUCGCCUGCCUAUCCUUGAUAUUGCACUUUUGGACAUCGGGGGUGCUGACCAAGAAUUCAGUUUGGACGUUGGCCCAGUCUGUUUCAAAUAAAUGAACUCAAACUAAAUUAAAGAAAAAGGAAAUCUGAAAAUUUCUCUCUUUGCCAUUUCUUUUCUUCUUUUCUAACUGAAAGCUGAAUCCUUCCAUUUCUUCUGCACAUCUACUUGCUUAAAUUGUGGGCAAAAGAGGAGAAGGAUUGAUCAGAGCAUUGUGCAAUAUGAUUUAAUUAAUUCCCCCUCCCUCUACCCCUUCCCAAAAGAUCUGGAAUUUUUUUCAACACUCUUACACCUGUUGUGGAAAAUGUCAACCUUUGUAAGAAAACCAAAAUAAAAAUUGAAAAAUAAAAUAAAAACCAUGAACAUUUGCACCA